AUGGAGGAAGGAAAUAUUGUGAAAUGGUUAAAAAAGGAAGGUGAAACUGUAAAUGCAGGAGAUGCAUUAUGUGAAAUUGAAACAGACAAAGCAGUGGUAACUAUGGAGUCCAGUGAUGAUGGCAUAUUGGCUAAAAUCAUGAUGGAAGAAGGAAGUAAAAAUGUGCGUCUGGGAACAAUAAUUGGUUUGCUGGUAGAAGAAGGACAGAAUUGGAAGCAGGUUGAAAUACCAGCAGAGACUGGUGAUCCAUCCUCAAUGGCACCCCUGAUGGCUCCGCCUGUAGCUGCACCUGCUUCCCCUUCAGUAGGCAUUUUAGCUUCAGCCGCUACCAAAAUGGAACAUGGGCUUAGAAAACUACCAGUUCGCUUAAGUCCUGCUGCCCGCUACAUUGUGGAGACGCAUGGACUUGACCCAAAUAAUAUUAUUCCCUCUGGGCCUCGAGGAAUCCUCACUAAAGAGGAUGCACUCAAUCUUCUGCAACAGAAACAGAAGAGCAAAGCUGCUGAAUCAAGACCUGUAGUUUCCCCAGCCCCUCCUCAGCUUACCGUAGUGCCUUUGGCUCCACAAGCAACAACUGUGUCUUCUGUUUAUCCGCGGCCCACAUUUCCACCAAUUUCUAUACCUGGUCAGCCUGCAGCUCAGGGUAUAUUCACAGAAGUUCCUGCCAGCAACAUCCGAAGAAUUAUUGCUAAGAGAUUAACAGAAUCUAAAACUACUGUGCCACAUGCAUAUGCUACUACUGACUGUGACCUUGAGGCCGUCUUGAAACUAAGGGAAGAGCUAGCAAAAGAUGAUAUUAAAGUAUCAGUAAAUGAUUUUAUUAUCAAAGCAACAGCAGUUACUCUCAAACAAAUGCCAGAUGUGAAUGUGACCUGGGAUGGAGAGGGCCCUAGGCAGCUGCAAUCCAUCGACAUCUCUAUUGCUGUGGCAACAGACCGAGGUCUCAUUACACCAAUCAUAAAAGAUGCUGCUACCAAGGGAGUACAGGAAAUUGCUGCCUCUGCAAAGGCUCUCGCAAAGAAAGCAAGAGAUGGAAAACUGUUACCUGAAGAAUACCAAGGCGGCUCUUUUAGCAUUUCCAAUCUGGGCAUGUUUGGCAUCAGUGGCUUCAUUGCCGUAAUAAACCCUCCUCAAGCCUGCAUCCUUGCUGUGGGACGAGCUCGACCUGAACUCAAGAUUGUAGAAGAUGAAGAAGGGAAUGAGAAACUUCAGCAACAUCAACUUAUGACAGUGACACUCUCAAGCGACAGUCGUAUGGUAGAUGACAAACUGGCUUCAAUGUUUCUGGAGACCUUGAAAGCAAACUUAGAGAAUCCGAUACGACUUGCCUUAUGUUAAACUGAUCAGAGAUUGGCUCCUGCUUUGGCAAAAUAUGGAACAAAGUUACAAACUGUUCCCCUGUCCUCCUCGCUAUCACAGAGAAAGAAUACAAAGCAUGAGGGGGACAAUUAAAAUAUUUAAUUUAUUUGAAUUAAUUUGAAAGACUUUUCAGAUCUGUCUUUGUGACCAUUUCCAGCUCUCAAGUUUUAUACUGUACUAUAAAACUGAAAUACUUUAAAGAAACAUUAAAAUAGAGUUAAUGCAUUAAAGCUAUUUUGCUGCUUAAUAGCAACUGCAUCAAAUUUGAAUGUACAAGUUACUGUUUAGUUGUAGAAGAAUGGUUAGAAAACCUUGGGAAAUUUGAGGGAGAAAUAUGAAACGAAAAAGGGAAUGAAUCAAUGGUUUUUUUUUUUUUAAAAAGGACUAAAUUAUCUUUGACAAUGAGAAACACAAAAGACAUGGCUGAGCAAGAUGGCCCUAUCAAUCCCAAUCAUCAUUAAGAGAAUCAAACCUGUUCCAGAACUAUAUUUUAGCUAUUUUUACUAUGUGAAGAGCUAAAAUCUGCUGUCAGAGCUGCAUGAUGCAAACUGUGAGAGCUCUGAGAUUUUGAUACAGACUUUUCUAGAGGUUUUACUUGGUGCUAGAUAAGUUAUUUUGGUUUGGUUUAUGUCAAAAAUUCAACUGUUGUUGAUCUUCUACUUUACUAUGAGCUUUUCCAGAUGAAAAUAACAGAGGGCAGAACAAUUCUAGUGCACAAAAAACAAAUAACAUGAUGGAUAUAAAUGGAAAAACUCAAAUAAAAUAAAGUAUUAAAUUGCCUAUUAGCAUCUAAAGCUGAAUUUGAAAAUGCACUUAGCAUUAGAUUAAUUAAAACUCAUUUAAAGUGUGUGGGGUUUUCUCUUCGGCAUCUCUGCUUAAUGUAGCAUUCCAGGAAAAAAAUUUAAUAAAUGUGUCAUCAGAAGUUUUGUCACUGUAAUCAGGAUUUCACUCCAAAUAUUUUUAUCAUUACAAACUUUGAAUCAACAAUAAAUUGUGAAAGUGAUACUUAUUGUAAUAAUUUAUUGGGUUGAAAAGUAGUCAGGAAUUGCAUUAAAUAAUUGAAACAUUGCCCUGUAUCAAAAUUUAAUUAGUGUGCCCUUGUUUGACUAUUGCAAAUUGUAACAGUGCUUUUGCAAUUUUCAUGUCAUGUUAAUCUGAUGAAUAACUGAAAAUUGAAGUAUCAAUGUUUUGCAGGCUGAAUAUCUGGAUGACAAAUGAGCUUUGACCUUUCUAUGACGUAGUGGUACCAACUUCUUCUUUACUCAGUGGUAAAGUAGUACCAAAAUUAUACCAAUUUACCUCAGUGGUAAAGAAUUUGGAUACGUGAGAGGUCAGAUUUUUGUGAACAUUUGCUCAAUAAAUCCCUUAUUUGAAUGGAAGGAAGGAAUGUGCAUUUACAAACUGCAUAUCUGAAGUGGAUGGAUACUGAAUUGUAAUUCAGUUUGAUGCUGAAGUACAGUAGUUUAAUAUUUGGAUUAGCACAACGAAAUGCUAAGUGUGAUGGUUUACGAUAUAUAUCCCAUGGAAAGAAUGGGUUGCAGAGAUUUCCAGUGACAUAAUUUCUAAUGAGGGCAUCUGAUGACAACUAAGCACUAACUUACCAUUCAAGUCCUGGAAUCCAUGUCGCCAUUAGAGCCACUGUAUUUUGUUUGUAUGUAAUUUCCUGCACCAGCUUAUUCUUUAAGAGCCAAACUACUGACGAAUUUAUUUACUCACCAUUCUGUUGCAAUACUUUAAAAUAAUAAGUGUGUGUCUAAAACUUGCAUCAGUGUUCAGAUUAGAGUUUUCACAAAAGUAGUUUGUGUCUUUAAUUGAUGCAUGAAUGAUAUGACAUGGGAAAUUCAAAGGCUGUCAAUCUGAUGCUGUAUUUUUGAUUACUUACAUAUGGUCUACUAUUGAUCUACUGUGCUAUUAUCCAUAUACCCCUUUUGCAUUGGCAGGAUUUUAUCAACCACUGAAAUUUUCAAACUUGGGUGCUUUUUAGGUUCUUAAUUUUUAGACAUCUAGACAUAUGUUAUCUAAUUACUUUUCCAGAGGUGUUAAGCAGGCCCCUACUGAAGUCAAAACAUUACUUAUAUAGUGCCUUUGAUAAUAAUGAAGUUGAAUAGGUUCUAAUGUGUUAGGAUAGUAACAUCUAGUUAACCUAGUAAAAUUCCCCUUAUGAUUUACAUGAAGUACCAUUCUUCAUUUCCUGCCCUAUGGGGGUUGAUGUGUACUGGUCAACAGUUGUAUGUCCCAACCCACAGGAGGCCACAGUUCAGUGGUGGGCAAAGUGAUUCAUACUUAUGAUUUAUACAAUGGGUAUAGUUUGCAAAUGGCUUUUGGAGCCACUGGAAGGUGCUGAUGUAUAUAAACAUACCGUUAUGGUAAUGUUGAAUGCACAUGGGACACAUCCUGUAUGCUGCCUGCAUGCAAUUUUUUCAUGCUAAUGUGAAAUUUUUUUUAAGAUGUGCUUCUAUCAUAGCCAUGCACAUUAACUUCAGCGUGAGACUUGUAGUUAACUCUUUCACUGUGGGCAGAAUGGUUACUUGUAAUUAUCCCAAUGUUGUCAUUAGAUUGAAACAGUUGGUGACAUGUAAUAUGUGCUGGUCAUCCAGCUGAAGAAAGUCUGAACAAGUGAAAAUGACUUUUGGUGUCAACCAAUUCCCAAAGAGACACUUAUCCACAUUACAGAGUAACCAUAUUCUUUGGCACAGCAAAUGACUGCUACUAGAGAAAUGGAAUAACAAAAGUGGUACUGUUCAGAAUUAAAAUAAAUAGCCAAUAUUUCAUGCUAGGAAACUUAGAUCUAAAAGUAUUAUAGAUGAGAUGUUUCAGAAGUAUCUUAACAGUUACAUAUUUAACAGCUUUACUUUAAAUAAAAAGUUUCAAAAGUA